ACUUAACUUGAUUCAAAAUAAAGACCUACUAGUUUGAUCUCGUUAACUUUUUACUGUUUUUAAUUAAGUGAUAUUUAACUCUACAAGUCGUCAAAUACCACACCCUGUUCCCGUAGUAGGCUCUCGUCCAUGUGGUUCGAACGACCUCCAUUGUCAAACUUGGAAUAUCAAGGAUUGUAAAUGCCAUCAAUCCAACAAUCAGAAGUCUUAUUUAUAGUAACUUGAAUGAUAAUGAGAAACUAAGUUUUCGCUUCGAAAAACGUUGUAUCAGCUUGUACAAGUUUAGAGCCAGGGGUCUCCGCUGUAAUUGACAGAAUCAUCAAAGUUGAUGAAUCUAGCGAACAUAAAUCAUAUUCAAUCGAAGAUAUGGAUGAAUUGUUGGAGCAAAUUCAAACAAAGGAGGCUGAGUGCAGUAAGAACAAGCAACGAGAUACACAGCUGUAUCAAGCUUUAAGUUGUAUGGAAGAAAGAGUUAAGUCAUUUGAUUUAUGGGAUGAUAAUGAUAAAACGAGCGAGACUGCACACUAUCGCAGAUUUGCGUCGCUUUUGGACAUUAUUUUUAAAAAAAAGUGACAUAAAGCUAUACGAGUAAGCUUUUAAUUAAUAUUCAUGAUAAAAAUGUUGUGGAUUGCGUUAAUCGUUCUAUCAUUUACGCUAUUGUUUCAGCGGUGAUACAGGGUCAAGGUCAACAAAACUACAACGUGAUGUGGUAUUUUCCAUACCUCCUAUAAUAUAUAAAGACGAAUUAGACACACUUUCAAGCAUUUGACUCGUUAUAUGAUCAUAGAAUCAGAAUAACUUGCACACGUCAUCGUGUACUCUAAAG